UCGGGAAGACCAGGAGGAUCAGGAUCACCAGGAGAAAGGGGACAAUCGGGAGAGAAGGGAGACUCCGGUUCGGAUGGAGAAGCUGGCGACCCCGGACCGAGCGGUUCACCAGGCCAACAAGGAGAUCAAGGUCUUCCCGGAAUGCCCGGGUCUCCCGGAGAUCGAGGGAUGCCAGGCGUCAUAGGCGCACCGGGCUCGCAGGGAGAGCGGGGCAGAAAUGGAAACGACGGUGAGAGAGGAAUGCAGGGACCUCCAGGACCGGCAGGACAGCAUGGCGCACCGGGAGAUUCCGGCAAAGAGGGAGCUCCCGGUAAAGAUGGCUUUCCAGGCAUCGCCGGCAGACCAGGAGACAAGGGACCAUCCGGAAGUCCCGGUGUUGCAGGAGCGCCCGGGCUCGCCGGGCUCAUGGGAACAACGGGCCCUCAGGGUUCUGCCGGACAGCCAGGCAUUCGGGGAGAGCGGGGAGAAACAGGACCCUUCGGAGUGCAGGGACCCACCGGACCGCGGGGCCCGAGUGGGGCACCGGGACUGCAGGGACAGAAGGGCUCCGGCGGGAAUCACGGACCGAUGGGUAUAAAAGGUCACAGAGGUCUAGUCGGUCUACCCGGACUUCCGGGAUCUGCCGGCCACCCCGGAUCUAAUGGUAACGAUGGCACCACAGGUCAGCGAGGACCGCCCGGCAACCCCGGAUCACGUGGACUCGCCGGCCAUGAUGGACAGCCAGGACCCCAGGGUCCAUCCGGCCCCUCCUACCGACAGGACCGGUGGGCGGAAACAGUGAUAGAGUACCGGACGGAUAAGCCAAAGAGGUUACCAGUGAUAGAUAUCGCUCCAUUUGAUAUAGGCGCAUCGAACCAGGAAUUCGGCAUGACAAUAGGAGAUGUAUGCUACUCAUAGCGGUGCCACGCGCAUGCGCGAUCUACCUGUGUAUAGAAGCGUUGCACAAAUGCCUGCGUAUGAUCAUAAUACUUUUUUAAACUUUAGAACGAGUUGAAUUUGUACAUUGCAACGACAUUUACUGUAUAAGUAUUCAGCAAUGCCUUUCGCAGACGUCUAUAUGCAACAGUAUUUUUGAUGAUGGCUGUUUUUAGCGCUCAUUUUAAAUCGCAUAUCACCGGGGACUGUCGUGGAAUGUGUAGUGCUGAAUAGUCAAACCAUAGCGUACAACGAAAUUUCGCUUGUCGAGUAUAUCUCAUUAUUUUGCUAGAAAAGCGAGUGUAACGCGGCAUUAUUACCUUUGCCUUUGCCUUUGCGAAUCAGCGCCGAUUGUUGUAACGUAACCAUGGCAAUUAUAACAUUGAUGUGGAGCGACCGAUUACGACGAAAAAAAACUAUAGAACAUUUUUUUAAACUCUUUAUCGUUUUUAUCACGAUGACGAUUCUUUUAGGCUGAACGAAACCCGGGACCACUACCGAUUUUUUUUUUACCUCGAUAUUUGCAUUUAAGUCACUUUGCAUUUAAUUUGCACAGAAGCUUUCAGCUGCAAGAUAGCAAAGCUUGCCUGCUGAUGGCCCUCUACGGAUCACAGGCACACACUAGCCAUACAGUAAGCGCAGUAGUUCGCGAAGUAGAUAAUAAAAUGCGUUGUUAGGUCAGCAUGCAGACAGCAUAUACCGUGUCAAACAACAUUAGUUGUUUGGUGAUCUUCCCCCAUUCUCCCAUCACAUUGGUGUGGCGUUCCAAACUUACUAGUGCAUGUUGGUUAGUCACGUAUGUGUAUCACUGCCAAAUAGAUAUACAUUUUUAUAUUGAAACAGUGUGAACAAUUUUUGCUAUGUAUUUUUUACAAUAAAAGCAAGUGUGUUAUACUGUAA